AUGUCGCAAAGCAAACGAAAAUUUAAAGCACCUGAAACUUCAUUACAAUUUACUUCUGAAAAAGAAGGUUUAACAAGUUCUUUAACAUCUUCAGAAUAUACUUCUGAUUUAAAUACACCAAGUAAAACAAGCUCUGGAGGACGGAGAUUAUCACCUGUUUGGGA